AUACUUUGCGUAUGUAGUAAUGUGGACUAGCUAGCUAGGCGCAACAUUUUCGUGGUGAAAGAGUCCCUGUAUUCUCGCUUCAGUGUUACACGAUCUAUUUCAUGAUUGAUCGAAAAAAGAAAGACAAAUAAAAUCGGUUACUGAUGGCGGGGCUACCGAGAAGAAUUAUAAAGGAGACGCAGCGUUUAAAUUCUGAGCCAGUUCCAGGAAUAUCAGCAAUUCCAGAUGAAAUGAACUGCAGAUUAUUUAUGGUGACCAUUGAUGGUCCCAAAGAUUCUCCUUUCGAAAAGGGAAUUUUCAAUCUAGAACUCUUCCUUCCUGAAGAGUACCCGAUGGCAGCACCAAAAGUACGCUUUAUGACAAAAAUAUAUCAUCCAAAUGUUGACAAAUUGGGACGUAUAUGCCUUGAUAUACUCAAAGACAAAUGGAGCCCCGCUCUGCAGAUUCGAACGGUAUUGCUAUCAAUUCAAGCCCUUCUGAGUGCCCCCAAUCCUGAUGAUCCCUUAGCAAAUGAUGUUGCAGAGAAGUGGAAAGAAAAUGAGGCAGGCGCGAUUAAAAUGGCUAAAGAAUGGACCUUGAAAUAUGCCUCCGCCAAGAGAUAGGGGAGGGGUCUUCAAUAUUGUUGGGGGAGAUGUUUGCCAUACAUGUACUACAAUGCAAGUGGAUUUCCUUGGGGUGAAGAGCAUGUUGCUUGUAUACCACAUGGAGUGGAGCAACAAAAUAGUGUAAUGGUAGUGUACUGAAUCUAACAAAGCAGGUAUUUUUGAAUGAUUAACAAAAAUAAAACAUAAAAUACGUAACAAAAUUUAUAAUUUUUUUUUUAAAAUGGUCACAGCUUGUUUGACCUUCAUUCUUGGAAAGUAUAGGCAGGAUAUUCUAAAUUACUAAUUUUUACGUAAUCCGGUUGUACCAAAUAAUUUGGGGUAUAGAUGGUAAGGUUUUUGUUUGGUUGUUGUCUUUUCUUUGCUAUCACAGUAAAAAAAUUCUGUCAAGUUUGAGAGACACUAGUAAAUGAAGGAAGGUUGGACCCCAAACACCGAAUGCAGACAUAAAGAGCUUUUGAUCCAGAUAUAUAUACUUAACUUAAACACUAUUGCCUGAUGGUUUCAAAGUUAACAUGAAGUUCUUGAUAUUUGGUUGUUACAUGUAAUUACAUACUCCAGUGUCUUGACAUUUGAAAAUGCCAUAGGUCUCAAUUUUAAUCUCGAAGUACAUGAUGUGCUGUUCAGACAAACAUUAAGCAUGGAAUGCUUCUGACCUAGCUCUGUGAUCCUCCCUCUUUUUAAUACCAUGCCUCUCUGCAACUACAAAUAAUAUAUCUGCCCUUUGUUAGAGUCAGAACACUACCAUUCAUAUUGGAUCCAGCAGUCAUUUUAAAAACUUGCAAAAAAAAUGUUGAAAGGAAAUUAUAGUAGCAUCUUUCCACAUGUAUGGAUAUAAAUCUUCUAGCUGCUAAAACCAGAGGCACCAUCUCGUAACACUUUUCCAUUUGUUCGGCAUUGUGCCUUUAAAGUAUAGAAAAACACCAAGCUAUAAUGCCGGAGGAAGACAAAAAAAUUCAUGAUAUGAAUAUUUUGUUUAUCAUGGACGUGAACCUACCCAAGGGGAAGCAAAUAUAAACGUAGAAGUUCCCAGUUAUGCUAUUUUACACAUUCAGAUAUAUGGUUAAUAUAGCAAUUUGUUGAUUAUCCUUUUAUAUGCUGUAAGAUAAUUUCAUUUUGAUGAUGUGUAUGUUUCUUUAUUGUAGUUAUUUGAUACUCUUUGAGUGAAGUCAAGGGGGGGGGGGGGGGGGCUCAUAACUUGGAUAAUCUGAAAAUUGAAGAAAUGUAUACCCUUCAUAUACAUGUGGCUGUAGAGUGAGAAACUCACUGGUAUUUGAAGUUAUCCAUUACAAGCAAAUGGUACAAACUCCUAUCUCUGUAUAUCACUCCUUUUGGUUAAAAUUGUUUUGUUUUAUACCUGGAUACCAGUGUGGUACCUCAUGUACAUUGACCUAGUGAUUUAUUUGUUUUUCUAUACAGGACUAAAUGUUUCAAAAAAAAGAUUGUUUCUGAGCCGAUUUAUGGCUAGCUCUCAUACUCUCAAAGCAAGUUCCUUUCAUACUUCGUCUUGAGCAAAGUAGAUAAAUGCUCUAUUCCUAGUGAGUAUGUGUUCAAGUUACGCUGAGGAUUGUUUUGUUAAUGCGGAACUUUUCCCCUUUUCCAGCUAUUUACCUCACGCUUGCUAGACAUCUAUGUUCAUUUAAAUAGAAGCGAAUUUUGACAAAUCUGUGCUCUGUUACUUUUAAUGAAUGUGGAAAAUCUGUGAUCAUUAUUCACAGAUUUUUCAUGUUGAUGUACCCGUAUCAAGUUUUGUGUGAGGUAUGUAACACUUGCUGUGUACAAAUCUUCAAUAAAAUGUACAAUUUCUGCUUAUAUGAAUGAAAGCGUAUUUAUAACUAUUGAAAGGUACCUACUUUUAAAGACAAAUAUUCAAGGUUUCAGAUGUGCUGAUUUUCUUGAAACUAUUAAGCAGAUUUUGGGAGAUGAAUCGACACAAAUUCAAAGAAAUCGCCACCAGGGUUUGAAUACAAAUCUUGAAACACUCUUUCAUAGUCCUUUAUUUCUUCUUCAUUUUGUAGCUUUUUUCCAUUUCAUUCUUAUUUAGUUAUCCUUCUAGCUUUACUGUACAUUAUACAAGCAUAAGUAUAGACAGAGAGAGAGAAAGAUGAACGCAAUAUUGUCCGGCUGCUGUAUUAGUAUUACAAAUCUGGACAUUGUAUAUGACCAUCAGCGUUGUGUAUGGUUUCGUUAUACUUCUUGGAAUAUGGAUGUAAAUUAUUUUUGUGCUCGGAACAUCAUUUUUACAUUGUAGGCAUCAUAUUUGUUACUCUUUACAGUCAAGAAGAAAUCUUUUUAGAAUGCUAACACAUUGCUCAUGCUGAACAAGUUCUGUAAUUUUGUUCAUCUCUUCGUAUGUGUCAGAAAUACAGUAAUAUUGUUUAGCAAGAGACCAUUUCUAACCCAAACCUAUCGUUUUGAUUCUCAAACUAUAAUUAAAAUGUAAGUAUGUCUAUGAAA